AUGUUGCCCUGGGGACUGAGCUGCCUGUCGGUCCUGGGGGCGGCGGGCACCGCUCUCCUGUGCGCCGGCCUGCUGCUCAGCCUGGCCCAGCACCUCUGGACCCUCCGCUGGACGCUGAGCCGGGACCGGGCCUCCGCCCUGCCCCUGCCCAAGGGCUCCAUGGGCUGGCCCUUCUUCGGUGAAACGCUGCACUGGUUAGUUCAGGGCUCGCGCUUCCACAGCUCCCGCCGGGAGCGCUACGGGACAGUGUUCAAGACGCACCUGCUGGGCAGGCCGGUGAUCCGCGUGAGCGGCGCCGAGAACGUGCGCACGAUCCUGCUGGGCGAGCACCGCCUCGUGCGCAGCCAGUGGCCGCAGAGCGCGCACAUCCUCCUGGGCUCUCACACACUGCUUGGCGCGGUCGGCGAGCCGCACCGGCAGCGGCGCAAGGUCCUGGCACGAGUGUUUAGCCGCGCGGCGCUGGAGCGCUACGUGCCCCGCCUGCAGGGGGCGCUGCGGCGCGAGGUGCGCUCCUGGUGCGCGGCCCGCGGGCCGGUCGCCGUCUACGAGGCCGCGAAGGCCCUCACCUUUCGCAUGGCCGCGUGCAUCCUGCUGGGGCUACGGCUGGACGAGGCGCAGUGCGCGCAGCUGGCCCAGACCUUCGAGCAGUUCGUGGAGAACCUCUUCUCGCUGCCCCUGGACGUGCCUUUCAGCGGCCUGCGCAAGGGCAUCCGGGCGCGGGACCAGCUGCAUCGGCACCUGGAGGAGGCCAUUGCAGAGAAGCUUCAUGAAGACAGGGCUGCAGAGCCAGGCGACGCCCUGGAAGUGAUUAUCCACAGCACUAGGGAGCUGGGCCGGGAGCUCUCAGUGCAGGAGCUGAAGGAGUCGGCCGUGGAGCUCCUCUUCGCCGCCUUCUUCACCACGGCCAGCGCCAGCACGUCCCUCGUCCUGCUGCUGCUGCAGCACCAGGCGGCCAUCGCCAGGAUCCGGCAGGAGCUGGCGGCGCAGGGGCUGGGGCGCGCGUGUGGCUGCGCGCCGGGGGCGGCGGGGGGCGGCGCGGGGCCCCGGCCCGACUGCGGCUGCCAGCCCGACCUCAGCCUCGCGGCGCUGGGCCGUCUGCGCUACGUCGACUGUGUGGUCAAAGAGGUGCUGCGCCUCCUGCCGCCCGUGUCCGGGGGCUACCGCACCGCGCUGCGCACCUUUGAGCUCGACGGCUACCAGAUCCCCAAGGGCUGGAGCGUGAUGUAUAGCAUCCGAGACACGCACGAGACGGCCGCGGUGUACCGCAGCCCGCCUGAGGGCUUCGACCCGGAGCGCUUUGGUGCGGCGGGCGAGGAUGCGAGGGGCGCCUCCGGCCGCUUCCAUUACAUCCCGUUCGGAGGCGGUGCGCGCAGCUGCCUCGGCCGGGAGCUGGCGCAGGCAGUGCUCCAACUGCUCGCCGUGGAGCUGGUGCGCACGGCGCGCUGGGAACUGGCCACGCCUGCCUUCCCCGCCAUGCAGACCGUGCCCAUCGUGCACCCGGUGGACGGGCUGCGGCUGUUUUUCCACCCGCUCGUGCCUUCGGCAGCGCAAGAUGGGCUGUGCCUCUGA